AUUCACUGCCGGGCCGGGCCGGGGGCGGAGCGGGCGGCCGCCGCCAUGUCCAUCUUCACCCCCACCAACCAGAUCCGCCUCACCAAUGUGGCCGUGGUGCGGGCACGGCGCGCCGGGAAGCGCUUCGAAAUCGCCUGUUACCGCAACAAGGUCAUGGGCUGGCGCAGCGGAGCGGAGAAGGAUCUCGACGAGGUCCUGCAGACACACACAGUGUUUGUCAAUGUCUCCAAAGGCCAGGUGGCAAAGAAGGAAGAUCUGGUUAAAGCAUUUGGAACAGAUGACCAGACAGAAAUCUGUAAGAUGAUUUUGUCCAAAGGGGAGCUGCAGGUGUCGGACAAGGAGCGGCACACGCAGCUGGAGCAAAUGUUCCGAGACAUCGCCACCAUCGUGGCUGACAAGUGCGUGAACCCUGAGACCAAGCGGCCCUACACAGUGAUCCUCAUCGAAAGGGCCAUGAAGGACAUCCACUACUCUGUCAAACCCAACAAGAGCACAAAGCAGCAGGCCCUGGAAGUGAUCAGGCAGCUGAAGGAGACCAUGCAGAUUGAACGUGCUCACAUGAGGCUGAGGUUUAUCCUGCCAGCAAAGGAGGGCAAGAAACUGAAAGAGAAGCUCAAGCCACUGAUUAAAGUUACUGAGAGUGAAGACUUCCAGGAACAGCUGGAAAUGGUGUGCCUUAUUGACCCAGGCUGCUUCAGGGAGAUCGACGAGCUGAUCCGCAGUGAGACAAAAGGGAAAGGAUCCCUGGAAGUGCUCAGUCUGAAGGAUGUGGAGGAAGGAGAUGAAAAGCUUGAAUAACAAAGUCUUCCUGCAGCAGAUCUGCUCCAACAACCUCCCUGCAGUGACUGGUGUAGCCACUCUUCUGUUAUGCCUUCAUGGUUUUUUCCAGUCUCUUGCUGCCAAAUAUUUUCUGACACUAAUCCUUUGGGAUUUUUCCAUGCAGUGUGGGUUGGGGUUUUUUUCAUCAUUUUACACUUGCUUGGUUUACAGAUGUCUUUGCCUGUAAGAAGAUUUUGUGUCAGAGUUGCACUAAUAAGGACUGAGUUAGGGUGUGGUAGGAGGUUACUCUGGCUUUGCUCUAGUUUCAGGGUUGCUGUUGAAGAGUGUUUGAGUGAUUUGGUGCCAAUUGUUUGUACCUUCAGGUUGUCAGUGUUGGGUGGGAGAUUGCACUGGUCACUGAGGAGUGGCUUUGUAUGUGAGGAGAGGGACUUUAAGAAAAGAGAGCUGCAUUUUCACUUCUAAAAAGGUGCGGUGUGGAUCAGGUCUAAAAAUCAGUCUCUUGGCAGCGUGAAAACUGACUUAGGCUUCCAUAAUUGGCUACUUGGUAAUUAAAGUACUUCAAAGGACCAUUCAUAAAGAAUUCCUUCACUGGCUAUAGCAGCACUUGCUGACGUAGAGAUGAUGUUCUCCAAAUAACUUAUUUGUAGAAUAUAUUUAGCUACAUUAAUAAAAACAUACGUUUAAUAAAAACAAA